AUGGAUUAAUCUGAAAACGGAUAAGACAUAAAUCAGUUCUUAGAAACUAAUUAUAAAUGUCCAAAGCAUACAAAUAAAUUAAUAGAAUGGAUUAAGUUAGAAGAAGAUAGCGAUCCAUAAGUUUUGAAAUGUACAAAAUGCAUUGAAAAAAAGACUGAUUUUUUAAAUUGCAUCUUUAUUGAAGAAUUGAUGGAAAGCAACAACGAAACUAUUUUUGAAAGAUGGCCUUUUUUAAAUAACCCUGAAAUUUUAGAAAAACUAAAGGAAAUCACUAGCAGAAUAUCAGAAGUUGAUCAGAUCAAAGAUAAGAUUAGAGUUAUUUUCAAAAAUCUAAGGAUAAAAAUCGAUUCAAAAUUAGAAGAAAAGUAAGAGGAAAUCUUUAAAUUCAUAGAUAAGUAAAAGAGCGCUUAACAAGAAUACAACCUAAUUUGCUAAAAGGAAAAACUAAAUGAUAUAAUAAGAAACAUGCAUUAAGACUUUGAAAAAUAAAACUUGAUGCUUAAUGAUAUUGUUGCUGAAAAUAAUAUGAAUUAUGAAAAGAAUAAAUAAACUUUCGUAAAUUAUAUUAACAAUUUCUAUGAAAUAAUUAGCAUAGAUUUUAGUGCUUACGAUGAAAUAGAAAAUAGCUUUUGCAAAUACAUUCAUGAUAAGAAUUGGUAACCAUUAAAAGAAAAUGUAUAAGUAUUUCAAGCUUAAAAUUAAAGUUUGUUGCAAAAAUAAUAAGUAGAAAUUAUUUCAAAUGGAGUUAAAUUACCCAAUGAAGAAGCUAAAUAAAUAAAGGAUGAAUAAGAAGAAUUGUCUUUCAAAGUAAAAAAUCUAGAUGAACUCUCUAAUUGUAUUAAUAAAAGAAGAAUAGACAUUGAUUUUAGUUAAAAGACGAUGAAUAAUUCUGAUAUAACAAAAUUUGUGAGUGAUCUAGAAAAGUGUCAAAAUGUGAUUUCCUUAAGUCUUAAUUUAUGCUAAAGUUAAAUCGAUGCAGUAUAAUUUUAAAGGAUAGCAAGUGUGCUUGAAAAUUUCCAAAAUAUUUCUUGCUUUAAUCUUAAUGUCUAGGAAUUCUCACAUGAAAAAUUUAAAAAUAAUUCUGUUUUUGGAGGACCUAUUAAUGUUUAGGGCUAUAUGUAAUUUUUUGCUAACAUAGCUAAUUGCAUUUCAAAUGUCUUAAAAAAGCUUAAACAUAUCAGUAAACUGAAUCUAAAUUUAAGUAAAAAUAAAAUAGGUACAUAAGGAUUAAUGACAGUUUUAAAUUCUAUAUAAUGCUGUUAAAAUAUUACUGAUUUAUAACUAAGCAUAUCAAAUACAUUUGAAAUGAAGUAGAGUUAUAGUGGAAUGUUUAAGAUUCAAACAUAAAAUAACAAUUUUACCUCUUUAGAAGCGAAGAAUUUAGCAGAUGCAUUAUCAAUACUUUAAAAAAACACUGAUUUAAGCAUUGAUUUGAGCAAUAAUUUUAUAUGUGAUGCUUCAGCUAAAGAAUUAGCUUAAGGCUUAGAAAAAUGCUCAAAAAUAGCCAAUUUGAAUCUUAAUUUGGGCUAAAAUAUUAUUGGUUAAGAAGGAGCUAACAUGAUUAUUGAUGCCAUAUAAAAAUGCAAAAAUAUCUCAAAGUUGAAAAUAAAUUUAAGCUAUAAUUCUUUAUCAGAUGAUACGGUUCAAAGCAUUAGGAGUAGAUUAUAAAACAGUGGAUAAUUCAUUAAUUUAGAUAUUGAUCUAAAAUAAAAAUAAAUUGGUUUAGUUAACAAUCCCUUUAAUAAAUAUAUUGAUUGA